CCAGCCUCCGCCCGCGGGGACGUGUGUCUCCAGUGCGAUUUCCCCUUUCUCUCGCUCGCCUCGGCGCAGGUCUCCACUGACUCGCGGCCCCUCCGCGGGCGCCCCCCGCUGCCGCUCCCUUGGCGCGGCCCGGCCUCCCCGUCGUCCCCGGACUCCCAUCGCACAGCUGGCACCCCGUCUGCGUUCUAGCCCGGGCGCCGCCGUCUCACCUGGUGUUUGCAUCUCGCCCUCCAACUUUGCCAUUGGCGGCGGCGCGACGUGUGGGAGAGCCCUGCGCCUCGCCCGCCCGCCCGGACCAGCCUGCCCCGGCGCCGAGGUUGCUCUUGCUGUUGGCUUAGCCCAGCAUUCCGUCUUGAGCCUGGCAUAGGCCACACCCAGUCCAGCUCUGGAUACCCUCCACGGAGGCUCAGAGAAGGCAGUAGAUUGCCCUUAAAGUUCCUGAAUAACAUCUCUUCAUCAAGAGACCACCGAAGCUCCAGGGAGCCGGGGGACUGCCACUGUCAGCUCUGGCAGAAGCCAGUAUGGCUAUUGCCUUGCAGCCCAGUGAUUUAGUGUUUGAAUUCGCAAGCAACGGGAUGGAUGACAUCCACCAGCUGGAAGACCCUUCAGUGUUCCCAGCUGUGAUUGUGGAGCAGGUCCCCUAUCCCGAAUUACUGCAUCUGUAUUCGGGACUGGAGCUGGAUGACGUCCACAAUGGCAUCAUAAGGGACAGGACCUUGUGCAUGACACAGGAUCAGAUACUGGAAGGCGGAAUUUUGUUGGCAGAUGAGAAUGAGUCCACCUCACAGAAUGUAACAUCUACUGAAGUCCUAUUCAAUGUGGAAACUCCCAAUGAUGUCCUGGAUGAGAAGCAGAUCUUCAGCACACCUGAAAUACUUCCAGAUGCAGACUCUGUGCAGGCCAUCAAUCUGCCCAACUUCCUGUUUUCUGCUGCUGAACCUGAAGCCCCGAAGAAGACAAGUGAUACUGGCGACCAGAAGGAGCAGCCUGUGGAGGGGAGGGUCUCCAGAGACCAGAGUCCUAAGAAGAUGGGGAAGCCAAGGAAGAGAAGCCGAAAGACAAAGAACAACCGAAGUACCUCACCUGUCACUGACCCCAGCAUCCCCAUACGGAAGAAAUCCAAGGAUGGCAAAGGCAGCACCAUUUAUCUGUGGGAGUUCCUACUGGCUCUUCUGCAAGACAGAAACACCUGCCCUAAGUACAUCAAGUGGACACAGCGAGAAAAGGGAAUCUUCAAGUUGGUGGAUUCCAAGGCUGUGUCCAAACUGUGGGGCAAGCAGAAAAACAAGCCUGACAUGAACUAUGAGACCAUGGGGCGUGCUCUCAGAUAUUACUACCAAAGAGGAAUUCUGGCCAAGGUUGAAGGGCAGAGGCUGGUGUACCAGUUUAAGGAGAUGCCCAAGGAUUUGGUGGUGAUUGAAGAUGAGGAGGAGAGCACUGAGACACCGGAAGCACCACCUCCCCAGGCGUCUACUUCCUCCACGCCCUCCACCGGCACCAUCCGGAGAGCCAGCUCCAGGGUCUUAAGCAGAGGUUCCUCCCAAGACAAGGAUAACCCUUCCUGGGAGAAGCCAAAGGUUCAACACACUGGUCUCCAGCCAUCUGCAAGCCUGGAGUUAGGACUGUCUGUGGAUGAGGAGGUCCCCACUACCUCCGCCAUGCUUGUCUCUCCACUACAGAGCCAGGCCAAGCUCACCAAAACUGUGAGUACUUCUUCGGUGCCCAGUAACAUCCACCUAGGAGUCGCGCCUGUGGGGCCGGGCUCCACAGUCACCCUGCAGACCAUCCCGCUGACUACGGUGCUGACCAAUGGGCCUCCUGCCAGUACUACUGCUCCCACUCAGCUUGUUCUCCAGAGUGUUCCACAGGUGUCAACAUUCAAGGACACCUUCACUUUGCAGGCCUCCUUCCCCAUAAACACCAGUUUCCAAGAGAAUCAGGUGGCAACCCAAGGGGCUCCGUUGAUCCUCAGUGGCCUCCCUCAGCUUUUGGCUGGGGCUAACCAUCCGAGCAACUCAGUGCCACCCCAGGUCAUAGGUGCUGGCUCAGCAGGGCCUAGCUCUCAGCCCCCUGGGACUGUCAUUGCUGCCUUUAUCAGGACUUCCGGUGGCACAUCAGUGCCAGGGGUGAAGGAAGGGUCCCUGAGGUCCCCCUCAUAUGUGCAGGGUGUGGUGACUGGGCCCCCGGUGGAGGGGCUGUUGGUUCCUGAAGAGACCCUGAGAGAGCUCCUGAGAGAUCAGGCUCAUCUUCAGCCACUUCAGAGUCAGGUGCUUUCAAGGGGUUCCCAUAACCUGAGCCUUGUGGGGAGUCAGACUUUCUCUCCCCCUAGCCGCCCCACUGUUGGGCUAACCCCAGUGGCUGAACUUGAGCUCUCCUCAGGCUCAGGGUCUCUGCUUGUAGCUGAGCCUAGUGUGAGCACAUCUGGGAGCCUGCUGACCACAUCUCCAACCCCAGCCCCUUUCUCCCCUUUCAAUCCUACUUCACUCAUUAAGAUGGAGCCUCAUGACAUAUAAACAAAGGGAUCCAAAGUAUGGCCUAGCAGGCAGAAUUGUGACCCAUUCUCAUGUGCACUUAAGUAGAAUACCUGCCCUUACAUCUAGUGGCGUGUGAAACAUUUGAUACCAAGCCUUCCAGACCUUGUUCUAACAUCACCACGAUCAAACUAUGCCCAGCUCAAGCAUUCCUGGCAUCAGACCAUGGCCUUCAAGAGCACUCGGGAGUAGAUAUGCUCUUAGAAGGAUAAUGGGUUAACUUAGUGAUGGGGGUAAAGCCCCCAAGCUGGGAAAUAGCUUGUGGCCAGAGCUGAUCAGAGGCCACAUGAGAAGUGAAGCCUGGUCAUACUUUGUUAUCUAUAUUCCCUACAUAGGGAACUUACCAUCCAAUAUGUGAAUAUCUUCGUAUGUAUUUGUGUGCACUUGUGGGUCUGUGUUUCCGUUUCUUUGAGGAGGAUGGGAUGUAGAUGUCAGGUCUUUUUUUCAAGAGUGUGUGUGUGUAUGUGUGUGUGUAUGUGUGUGUCCAUCCAUUCCUAGGUCAGCCACAGAUAUGAGGCAGUUUUAAGAGAAAGUGCUCUCGUUCACUCGCUCGCUCACUCUCUUGCUCGCUCGCUCUCACUUGCUCGCUCAAUCCUCUCUCUCCUAGCCACAAUGCCAUUCUGAGACUAGAACGUUGGAUGCCCCCAGUCACAGAGAUGGAACAGGUCUAGGUAGGAGAGCUUCAGUGGGUGCAUAUGCUGAGGACAUUGCUAAGGGACAAGAGGCCACAAAUAUUAACAGCAUAGCGAGAGGGAAAAGGAGCAUACCUAGCCUUGGGAGCAAUUGCUUGCCAUUAGGCUGGAACCUGGAGUACUUUGCUGAAGGUUGUUAACCCUAAUUAUAAAGUCCCUAGCCAGGCCUGAAUGGAUUGAAUGUUCGUGGCCAGGGCGUUUGGCUGUUUGUAAGAUCGUCCUUAUGUUUAACUAUAUAUAGCCUUUAUCGGCACAGUGCUCUUCAUUGCCUAUCUCAGCUUCCCUCUUCAUUCUGUUCGCCCUGAGAUGUUCCACCUGGCAUGAGGUGCUGGCUUAGUGAGGUAGCAGCCCAGCUCCAGCCACACACUCUAUCCCACCGGUCCCUCUCACAGUGGCUCGGAAAGACUUCAGGGCCGUUGCUUUUUAUUUCUAGCUAUCACACCUAAACCAAUUCCUUCUUCACCAAGAAGACGGGAGCUGGCACAUGAGUUCCCAUGAGUCGACUCUUUGCUUCUCUUCUGUUUCUGCAAAGGGUUCUCCUAAUGUCUCUUAAAGUCAGCCUCUCAGCCGAGGGCCUUCAUCUCCCUUCCUUGAAUCUGCUUGCCUCUCUUAGCAGGUUUAGGGGCAAUAUUUAGAGAUGUUGGGCGCAGAAGCAACUCUAGCCUCUGGUGAAUUUGGUUAAUGUGAACCAGUGGUCCAGGACCCUUGCAAUGUCCUCUGUGCCAAAGCACCUAUUUGACCUAACUACCUCCCUGACUGCUCAUCAUUCUCCCCUACUGUUCUAUCUCCUUCCCUGGGGGAAGGAACCAUCUGUGGUUAUGCAGGUGCAUUUGCUACAUUCCUGGCAGUUGGCACUGAAAUGUCUGUGCUAAUAAAAUCAGCUUUUGAUGACAAUCUCUUGAUGGUUGGAAAUAAGCAUCUCGAGAAAAGGUCACCAUUGUUGUUGCUGUUAUUGUUGCUGUUGCUGUUGUAUUGGGGUUUUAGUUUUUUUGAGACAGUAUCUCAUAUAGUCCUUGUUGGCUUUGAACUUGCUAUGUAGGCGAAGAUAACCUUGAAAUCCUUGUUCUUUCAUCUCCACCUUGCCAGUGCUAGAACUGCAGGUGUGUACCACCAUGCCCAGUUCAUGUAUUUCUGUGGAUCGAAGCCACGAUUUUGUGCAGGCUAGGCAAGCAUGCUUAUCAAUUGUGCUACACCCUCAGCUCAAACAGUUUUGAAGAGCAAAAAGGCACAGGGUGAGUUGGGGUCAUCCUGCAGCAACCUGGAAUCUAGUAUCUGUACACACUUCCAAACUCCAAGGAAACUGAUUGCCUUAAGGCCAUCAACACUUUUUAAUAGUCCAAUCAUGUUUUCCAUGCUUCUCAGCCCUUUUUAGCCCACGCUUGCCAUGCCCUCCCACACUGUGUGGGCUCCGUAUCAUCUCUUUAUAUGUGGAUGUUCUCCAAGGGUCCCACCGUUGUCAUGGGCCAGUUAUUUGAGAUGAGUUAUUCAAUCCAGAAUCCACUUCUCUAUGUCCCUGACUCACAGCUCUAGUGAGCUACUUCCUGACCUUCUAGACUGGAAAUCUCCAAGCUGUCCAGUGGCAACCUGCACUUGACCGUGUCCCUCUCCCUCAUCUCUUGACAUCUGGCCUAUCUUCAUUCCCAGAGCCUCCAGCCUGGUUCAUGCUGCUCAGCUUUCUCCUUCCCAACACAAGUCAGCACCCUGUCCAAUGUGAUUUCUCAGCAUUUCCCAUCUCACAGGCCACUUACUCUGUCCUUCCUGUGCUAAAAGGCCUUCAGUGAGUCCUGGCCUGCAGGUAGGGCCAAUAUUUACAACACUCAUCCUCCAGGCUUUUCUAGAGGCCUAGCAUUAACCCUUUAGUUCCUGAAUCAUAACAUGGCCCUGGGGUCCUGUAGGAAUUGAGGAGCACUUGGAGAGCUGUGGUCAGUAAUUCUAGAAAGAUCUGAAGAUUGGCAUCAGCCCUACCAGGAAACAAAGCUCAAGUCGGUGGCCCUUCACUAUUGGGUCUUAUCUAACUGUUCCCAGCUCACUCUGAGGUACUACUCCUAAAGGGUUCCAUGGCCUUUGGAUUUGUUACUGUCAUAAAUUCCCACCUAUGCUUUCUUUUCCUGAGUUCUGUUAAACCAAAAUGUCCUCUCUCCUCACUAAGAACUAAAAAUUGUGUCUCAAGUCGGAAUUUGGUGGAAGCAGCCAGUUCUUAAGUCCAGUUUUUAAAUUUGUAAGUGCCACUCGAUGGGCAGGUGAUUAUAAACAGCCUGUGACAUCUCUGUUGUAAUCACAAACUGUUACGUAGACCUUCAAUUUAGAUCCGGACCUCCUUAACCUCUUGUGUGUGUUACCUCCUGAGGGAUAGGCAUCACUGUGACAGCCACCAAGCUGGGCACACUAUGAAGCAGAAGAGCACCAAUGACUAGAUACUGAUGGAUCUAAUGAGAGAUGUGUACCAAACCUACCCGUCGGUGACUCCUUUCCCAGGUGCUUCACUGCCCUGGGCCUGCCAUUCCUGGCUCAGUGCCCCCAUGGUAUACCCUAUCCCCUGUCUUAACACCCAAGAUUUGUAGUACUUUAAACAUCUGAUCCUAAAGAUACCUCUGUGUCCUGGUUCUUUUCUAUACAAAGUGGUAAACCAGCUAACCGGCUAACUAACCCUGGCUGACAAUAGUUAUGGAAGAGGCUAGAGGAGAACCUCAGGAGACAAAUUUACUCCAACUAGAGUCAGGUGGCAACAAUACCCCUGCUUUUGUGAUGGCCCAAUGGAGUCAGGAGUCAAGUGAUGAUCCGCACUUCUCAGCGGCUGAUAGGUGGUUCCCUUCUCCUGGCCCUCACAGCACUUUGUAUAUACCUCUCAUUGUAGCACAUUGUAUGAAGUUCUAAAAUCGUGUCCAUGUACGUUUCUCCUCCAAUAGACUGUAAGCUCCUCAAGGACAGGGGCUGUGUGCUAGUCAGUGAUGUAUCCCCAGCACCUAGCCACAGUGCCUGACACAGAGUAGGUGCUCAAUAAAUGUUCAUUGAAAGGA